GUACUGGGUCCGGAACACGUCCGGAUGAUACCCAACCUCCAAAUCGCCAUGAGUGAAUGCACAAGCAUCUGCCCGCGGGCACCUCCCCUUGCGCCCGUGAUAGUCGCGACAGCAAAUGGGCUUGUAGUGGAUUAAUGCGUAUGAAUUCAAAGAAUUAACAGAGAUUACAGAUAGCCUCGAAAGUACAAAUCUUUAUCAAGAAGUCUCAUCUGGAAAUCAAGAAAGGGCGGCCACCACCGUGUUCGGAGAAAAGCUCUAACCGGCGGUCGUUUUAAUGGACGCCCAACCCGACUGCCACGUGGUGGCGGUGCCGUACCCCGGCCGCGGCCACAUCAACCCGAUGAUGAACCUCUGCAAGCUCAUCGCCGCUCGUCGCCCCGGCACACUGUUCACCUUCGUCCUCACUCAGGAGUGGUACGGCUUCCUCCGCUCCGACCCGAACACGGAGAACAUCCGGUUCGCCACCGUCCCCGACGUCAUCCCCUCCGAGAUCGGCCGAGCGAAAGACUUCGCCGGCUUCUUCAGAGCCACCCAGACCAAGCUGGCCGCGCCGGUGGAGGAGCUGAUCGACGGGCUCCAGCAGCCCAAGCCGAACGUUAUCCUCCACGACACUUACUUGCCGUGGGUGGUGUCCCUGGGGAUCCGGCGGAAUAUUCCGAACGGCCACACUGAAAAACCCAAUCUUUCAGAAGUAGUGAACUAUCUUCCUGGAAUUGCACCAAUUCAAGUCUCAGAUCUUCCAACUCCUGUCUAUGGCAAAGGCAAAGAAUUGAUUGAUGAAAUCCUUAAGGCCAUCUCUGCUGUCUCCAAAGCACAAUACCUUCUGUUCCCUUCAGUGUAUGAGCUCGAAGCCGCCGCCAUUGAUGCUCUAAAGGAAAAGCUUCCCAUCCCCAUCCUCGCAAUAGGCCCUGCAAUCCCUUCGAUCCCGGCCGAUAAUGGUCAUAAAGAUUCAGAGGACACUGUGAUCAAAUGGCUGAACGCCCAGGCCAGAAGCUCUGUUCUGUACAUAUCGCAGGGGAGCUUCUUGUCGGUCUCCGGCGCUCAACUGGAUGAAAUUGCCGCCGGCGUGCAGACGAGCGGCGUGAAGUAUUUAUGGGCUUCGCGCGGAGAAACCGCAAGGGGCAACAAUGGGGGCUUGAUUGUGCCCUGGUGCGAUCAAUUUAAGGUCUUGUGUCAUCCCUCCAUUGGCGGGUUUUGGUCGCACUGCGGCUGGAAUUCGAGCAAAGAAGCGGCGUGUGCGGGGGUCCCUGUGCUGGCGUUUCCCAUAUUCUGGGACCAGACGACGGACGGGGAGCUGAUCGCGGCGGCUUGGAAGAUGGGGGUGAAGGUGCGGCGGCGGGGAGGAGAGGAGGACGACGGGGGUUUGGUGACGAGGGAGGAGAUAUCGGAGCUGGUGAGGAGAUUCAUGGACUUGGAGGAUGAGGAGAUGAAGGAGAUGAGGGGAAAGGCGAAGAUGAUUCAAGAAACAUGCCGGAAUGCUAUGGAGGAAGGCGGUUCAUUUCAUCUUAAUGUUGAUGCCCUCAUCAAAGGAAUCUUAUGCAACAAUCAUNGCUUGGAAGAUGGGGGUGAAGGUGCGGCGGCGGGGAGGAGAGGAGGACGACGGGGGUUUGGUGACGAGGGAGGAGAUAUCGGAGCUGGUGAGGAGAUUCAUGGACUUGGAGGAUGAGGAGAUGAAGGAGAUGAGGGGAAAGGCGAAGAUGAUUCAAGAAACAUGCCGGAAUGCUAUGGAGGAAGGCGGUUCAUUUCAUCUUAAUGUUGAUGCCCUCAUCAAAGGAAUCUUAUGCAACAAUCAUUCUUGUUCAUUCAUUGAUUUGUGACUCCUAUAUCAUCCUCUAGGUUGGACUUGAGAAACUUAACUCAAUAAGACUAAAAUAUAAUGACUUUUUAAAUAUAAGAUCAUAUGCUCUUAUUUUUCAAUAUAAAUAGUCAUUAUUCAAUUAAAUGUUCAUCAUUACU